UACCAGACUGGUAGUACUAUGCAGACUUACAUACGUUUACACACGUCGGGUUGCAUACAAUAAGGCUAUCCGGAGCGCAGAUUGAUCGAUGUUUGAUAUAAAUUGUCGAAAAAAGUAAGAAUGCACAAAUACAAUUAAUUUCAUUGACUCAAGUUUUUAUAACAGCUGCGUUUAUCCAGCAAGAACGAGCGAUGUUGACGAAUGCGACCAGUUCAUAAGAAUUACACAACAGAUGCGCAACAGAUGUCAAAGCACUGAAGCGUAAAACUUGGCAUAGUGAAAAGUGUUCUAAUGAGACGAUAAUAUUCAAAAGGCUACAAUUUAGAAAUAUAAAAAGUAAGAAUUUGUUCCACGUAUGUAAGCAAUGAAUGAAACGACAUUGACAGUAAAUAAGAAAUACUAAAUAGAGAUAGUAUAGAAAGACGAAAGAGAAAAAUUACAAUUGCAACUGCGCGUGGUCUCUUCCGCGUGAUUCACAUUAUUACACAACGCAAGAGAAAUCAACGCAAAACUGUGUGCUUAUUAUAUUCUACCUUUAUCGAUACACGUUUGCCGAAGAUAGUGAUUGAUGGCAUUGAUACUGAUAAGAACGAAUCUUACGUACCAAGGACCGUUGGGAAGCGGUAAACCAGCAGGUAGCUGACCGAGCAUCUGCUGUGUGAAAGGUAGAAAUAGUGGGGUGAGAGAUUCAUUAAAAGCUUGCUCAGCAGAGAACACAGUCAACUCCGACAGUUCCACUACUGUAUGCAUAGCUAUUACUGUUCAGAAGGAAGUUUAAUUUUUCAAUCAUGUCUAACUCAGGAAUAAUUUUCUACAUUUUAUCGUUAUUUCUUAUCGCCAGUGUAAAUGGUCGAGCAACGGGAUCUCUCGAUUUCGACGUUUUAAUUUUCACCCAACAUUGGCCGCAAACUGUCUGUUAUACAUGGCAAGAAAGUUCGGAAUCGCAUGUUUGUCACUUACCGAAAGAUCGGGACGAGUGGACGAUCCACGGUCUCUGGCCUUCUCAGUACCACAAGUUGGGGCCUCAGUUUUGUAACAAGUCGAUGCCAUUCGACUUGACUGCUUUGAAACCACUGGAGGAACAGUUAAAGGAAAAAUGGAUAGACAUAGAAUUCGGGACAACGUCUUCCUCACUUUGGGAGCACGAAUGGGACAAACACGGCACUUGUUCGUUAGUGCUACCCCCAUUAGACAGCGAAGUGAAGUAUUUCGAAACGACACUCCAAUUAUUGGAAACGUACGAUAUGAAACACGUAUUAGCAAAAGGCGGUAUAUUACCUGGUCAAAAGUAUCCAGCGCAGAAGAUUCUUAAGGCCGUCGAACGGGUAUUAGGCAAACGUGGCACUUUGCAAUGCAGAAAGAACAAGAACACCGGAGAAUCGUAUAUGUUCGAGUUGCGAAUAUGUUUCGAUAAAACGUUGCAACUAGUCGAUUGUGACGGAGUGUAUGGGUAUCCAACUAAUUGUGACAACUCUGUACUUGUCACAUACCCAGACGAAGUGCCGCAUAUGUAUAAUGUAGUACAAGUAUAAUAAUUAUGGCAUAAUAAUUGUAAAUAAUCGACAUGAACGAUGGAAAUUCAGUUAUAGACAAUUAAAAAACGAAUCAUGUAUUAAUUAAAAUUUAUAGACAAUUAAAAAACGAAUCAUGUAUUAAUUAAAGUUUGAAUGAAACUCGCGUGAAAGCAAUCACACUGUACAUAUAUAUAUGUAUAUAUAUCGUAAAUUAAGAAAAAAAAAUCGAAAUAAAUUUUCCAGUACUUUGAAA